UUUCCAAUAACGGCAUUUGAACAAUAGCGCCACCCUCUUUCGCGGCGUCGCGUUACGCCGCAACCUUUACCCCCUCGGCAGACGUGAUUGUCUGACAACAAUAACAGAAUUUCCCAACGAAAAAAGCCCAAAAAAUAUACGUACAUAUAUACGAAAUAUACACGUAGUUGCAAGUAGAAGGAAGUUUUUGAUUUUGACGAAGAAAACAACAACAGAGGGAUACAAAAGGGGGAGGUGGGGGCAAUUGAGAAUUGUCUCCUUCUCCCGAAUUUUACGUUCCAUUUUCUUCUUCUUCUUCUUUGAUAUUAGGUUGAUAUUAAUACAAUACAAAGCAGAUUACAGAUAUUCAAAACAUACAAAAAUUCUAUAUAUAGCACCUUUUCCACAUUACCCCUUAUUUCUCACUUUGUCUCUCUAUUCCCAUCCCUUUGUCUAGAACAUUCCCUUGUUGUCAAUGGCCUCUAAAACCCUACGUUUUGCUUGGCUAUAAUCAGAUUUUUUUUUGGUAUGGGUUCUUGUGGAAACGGAAACCGAGUUGAAAUGGAGAACGGUUGGAGUUUUUUGAGUCCUGAUCCUUUAACAGUUACUGAGGAUUGUUUGGCUGUUGCUGAAGAAGCUACAGAAGAAGUGGUGAAUUGUGUUCAUCCAACACUUGACACUGAGGAAAAGAGGAAAGCCGUUAUUGAUUACGUCCAGAGACUCAUCAAAUUCUCUCUUGGAUGCGAGGUCUUCCCAUAUGGAUCAGUGCCACUGAAGACCUACCUUCCUGAUGGUGACAUUGAUUUGACUGUUUUUAGCAGUUCUAUUACAGAAGAAACAUUCGGCCGUGAUGUUCUUGCUGUUCUGCAGGAAGAAGAGCAAAAAGAAGUUGCUGAGUAUGAUGUCAAGGAUCCCCAAUUUAUUGAUGCAGAGGUUAAGCUGGUGAAAUGUCUUGUACAAAAUACUGUGAUAGAUAUAUCCUUUAAUCAGUUAGGUGGACUUUGCACACUUUGUUUCCUUGAGCAGGUAGAUCGCCUUGUUGGGAAAAAUCAUCUCUUCAAACGUAGCAUUAUUUUGAUAAAGGCUUGGUGCUAUUAUGAAAGUCGUAUUCUUGGUGCACAUCAUGGUCUGAUUUCCACAUAUGCUUUGGAAACACUGGUCUUAUUUAUAUUCCAUCUGUUCCAUUCUUCGUUAAAUGGUCCUCUAGCGGUUCUCUAUAGAUUUUUGGAUUACUACAGCAAAUUUGAUUGGGACAACUAUUGUAUCAGUUUGAAUGGUCCAGUAUGCAAAUCAUCUCCUGACAUAUUAGGUAGGCAAUGCCCUUCCUUUCAUCUUUGCUGUUGCCUGCAAUCUCUUUUCGAUGUCUACGUCCUUGUAUAG